AUGGAAGUAGUUGGCAACUCUCAUCUUUCCCCUCCACCAUAUCCUUAUCUCUCCCCUCCACCAUUUCCUUCCAAAGGCUCUCCACCUACCUCCAAACCUCCACCAAGCCACCAUUUCUCCCCACGUCCUCCACAACAACCUUCGCCACCGCCGCCUCCACCGCCACGCAAGCUGAAUCCACCACCACCACCACCGCUAACUCCAAAACUCGCACCGCCGCCUCCUCCACUCACUCCACAACCCACCCCACCACUGCCACCACAGCCUGCUCCACCAAGCCCUCCUCAGACUGUUAUUAUCAUAGUGUUCGUUUCACUCGGGGGUCUCUUCUUCCUUGCUUUCCUAGCGACCGCGCUCUUCUGCUUGAUGAAGAAGAAGAAAAAGAAGAUGGUUAAUGAGAAAGAGGCUGUUGAUGUGGAGGACCACAUUCAUGUCCAUGAGACUAUAGUUCAAGGGCCUCAUGGUGAACAGGUGAUUAAUUUAUAUGUGGACGAAGAUAUUAGGGCACAAGAAGUGAGUAAGAAGGAUGAGCUUGUAGUCGCAGGCUCUCAUAUUCCCAGAAUUGUGAAAGAGGGAGGGCCAGGCACUUCUUCUAGUGUCAAUAAGAAGACCUAAAGAAUUUAAAUAUUUGUCAAUAAGAAAACUUCGUGUUAUCAAUCAUUUGUUUGCAACAUGACAGGAUAUUAUAAUAAGCAAACUUAUCACUGUAUUUUUUUU